AUGUUUAAGCGCGCCUCGGCCGCGCCACCUGUCCGUGGAGUCGAUAAAACAGCACCGGGCGAUAUCCCCGUCGGCAAAGCAGCACCCCCCCGCGGCGGCGUACCCGCCCCGCCCCGCGCGACUCCGAGCCCAGUGCGAUCGAGCGAGGCGCGCGUGUCUGUACUGCCGUACCGCGAACGAUGCUCGACGCUACGCGGACACGAGGACGCUUCCAAACACACCAGUGAAAUAAUG